AAAAGAAAGCUUCCCCAUAUAUAUAAAACCCCCUGAUAUUUGUUUUCCCCAUUUAUAUACACAUAAACCGAUAUAUCAGAUUAUUACAUUACCAAUUAAUUAAUCUUUGGUAUUAGUAUACAUUUUCUUUCAUUAAAAUGCAAAUGGUUCAAGCUGGUGGGCGUAACACAUCAAGGAGUUAUUCAAAGCAAAUCGUUGCCUUCAAACACAGCGAGGCCGAAAGAAUUAGAAGAAUGCGUAUCAAUAGUCAAUACGCCACUCUUCGUACUAUUCUCCCAAAUUUGAUCAAAAUGGACAAGGCUUCGGUCCUGGCAGAAACGAUAAGGCGAGUGAGGGAGCUGAAGAAGGCAGUGGAGGAAGUGGAUGCUGUUUGUGGUGGCACCGCCGUCCCGAGCGGGGACGAUAGCCUGAGCUUGGAAUACUCUGGAGGAUUAAAAGAAGAAGAAAAAGAUGGUCAAGUGUUUAUAAAAGUGACAUUGAGUGUUGAGGACAGGCCAGGGCUCAUGUUGGAGUUGAUAAAUGCUAUAAGAUCGGCUAAGAGUGGUGGAGAAGUUGGAUUAAUAAGGGUGGUCAAGGCUGAGAUGGUCACAGUUGGUGGCAGGGCCAAGACCCUGCUGUGGCUGCAACCAAUGCCUCCGCUUCCUAGCUCAGGUAGCGGUGGCGGCGAUGGUGAUGGUGAUGGUGAAGGAGUGUUGGUGUUGCUUAGGAGGAGUUUGAGGCUAGUUCUUGCCAAAAAGUUGAAGUGAAAAAUUAAUAUG